AUGCUCUUCUCAAAGACCACCAUCAUCGCCUUCGCGGCCCUCCUCUCCACCGGCCUCGCCGCUCCCAGCGGCAGCUGCGCCACCAAGGCCGCCUCCUGCCGUAGCUCCGGCGGCGCCAGCUGCGACCAGGACGCCAAGGCGUGCUGCGACCAGAUCCAGGUCGUGUCGCCCAAGUCUGACGGCGACCACUACCAGUGCUACCAGGACUCUGGCAUCGGCAGCAUGCUCAACAGCAAGCGCGACAUCGGCGCCGACUGCUCGAGCAAGGCCUCUUCUUGCCGCUCCUCGGGCGGUGCCGACUGCGACAACCAGGCCCAGACCUGCUGCGACCAGAUCCAGGUCGUUUCCCCCAAGUCGGACGGCGACCACUACCAGUGCUACCAGGAUGCCGGCAUUGGCAGCAGGCUGUCCAAGCGCAACGUCGGGGAUGACUGCGCGGCGACUGCGAACUCGUGCCGCUCCUCGGGCGGCGCCGCCUGCGAUGACCAGGCCCAGACCUGCUGCGACCAGAUCCAGGUCGUUUCCCCCAAGUCGGACGGCGACCACUACCAGUGCUACCAGGACGCUGGCAUCGGCGGCCGUCUGUCCAAGCGCGACAUCUCCGACGACUGCGCCGCCAGCGUCAAGGCAUGCCGCAGCUCGGGCGGCGCGGACUGCGAUAGCCAGGCGAAGACCUGCUGCGAUCAGAUCCAGGUCGUCUCUCCCAAGUCCGAUGGCGACCACUACCAGUGCUACCAGAACGCUGGCAUUGAGAGCAUGCUCAACUAG